CUCAUUCAACAGCGUUAAGCCUCUUGCCGUCUGGGGAAUAUCCGUAGGAAAUGGAGGUCCAUUUUGACCGUUCUGUGAAAUCGCCUACCAAGUCGGCUCAUAGAAAUUCUUGCAAUGAAGAGGUAUUCGAGGGGUAUUCACGCAACCUGCCUGGUCUUCAUGAAUGGACCUCCUGGAGAACGAAGCUGAACAGUGUCAUGGUGGACCUUAUCGAAGAACGACAUCGAAUCUUCAGUUACCCGAAAUCGAAGAAGUACAUUCGAAAUCAUACACGAAUAUUACGAACACUGACCGAACCAAAUUUUGCCAUUGGUAGAGGUGUGUCCGAGUUUGCCUUGUCUCGGGCAGUUCAUGAUUACGUUCACGGGGAAGAUGGUUUUCAUCUGGAAGCCGAAUCUUUCUUAAGCUUCGGUAUCCCUCGUGUAAAACUCCGCUCAAACAUGUCGUACUCCGGAGACGCGGAUUCUGAUAUUCAACCAAGUCCGAACGUUAAUGGUGUUAAUGAUGUACCAACCUACCAAAAUGUAGACAGGUCUGAUCUACUGGAGGCUGAGAACAAUCCCAGCGUUAUCUAUUCUGAAAGCACUAAAAGGAGAAACAUCACUAAAACGACAGAACCAAGACCAUCAGAUUCUGGUAGUAAUCUUUCAUCCACAUCAACCACUGAGUUUAACACUACUGAAACUUUAUAACGUUUAAGGAUAUUGCAGGUCUAGGGCACAUAAACAGGAAGGUGAAGAUUUGAGAUCGGAAACGAUAUCAAUACUGGCGGGGCUUUCUUUUUUCUCAGAUUGCAUAUAUUUGGUGAUAUCAUAAUAUAUGAGAAAUGUAAUAGAACUUAUAUGAAUAUUACUUGAAACAAUGAAGUGACUUGAUUCAAAACAGUUUAGAACACUUCUGUUUGUGUUAAUGUAAUCAUUUCUUGACAACUAAACUUGCUGUAUAUACAUUUUUGAUAUCAAAUUGAUUUUCACAAUAAAAUCAUAUCAUUUC